AUGAGGAUGUGCGCGGGGGCGCGGCCCAGGCUGGUGGUGCCCUGCGUGGCACUGCUACUUCUGGCCUUGGCGUUCCACCCUGCAGCCACACUCAUCUGCAGUGGGACCACCUACGUCAGCGGCAGCAAAUGCUGUCAUGAGUGUCAGCCUGGUUAUGGGAUGGAGAGUCGCUGUGACCACUCUCGAGACACCGUGUGCCAGCCGUGCCAAUCGGGUUACUACAACGAAGCUUUCAACUACGACGUUUGCAGGCCAUGUACCCGAUGCAAUGAGAGAAGUGGGAGUGAGCCCGUGCAGGUCUGCACACCCAAGAGCGACACUGUCUGUCACUGUAGGCCGGGCACCGAGCCUCAGGGUGGCUACAAGCUGGGAGUCGACUGCUCCCCCUGUCCACCUAGACACUUUUCCCCAGGCUUCAACCAGCCUUGUAAGCCCUGGACCGACUGCACCUCCACCGGAAAGCGUACCCUGAAGCCAGCCAGCAACAGUUCAGACUCCAUAUGUGAGGACAAAAACCCCCCAGCCACCAGGCUGCCCUGGAGCACCCAGAACCACCCAGCCCUGCCUACCACUGCCCGGCCUACCACUGCCCAGUCCGGGACCUCACACAGGCCCUCCAAAGCCCCCACAGACCGCCCUGGAGGUCCUGUUUUGUCUGUCAUCCUGGGUGUGGGCCUGGGCCUGGGCUUGUUGGGUGCUAUGUCUGCAGCUCUUAUCCUGUUUCUACAUCACCAAGCUUGGAGGCUGCCACUGGCCACCCCGAAGCCCCCCGGGGGCAACAGCUUCCGGACCCCCAUCCAAGAGGAACAUGCUGACGAGCACUGUGUCCUGGCCAAGGUCUGA